AUGUACAAAAUGGCUCAACCACCUUACACCAUAGUCUUAGCUUGUGAUGACGCGGGACACGAUUACAAGCUUACUUUAAAAGCGUUACUCGAGGCCGAUAAAAGAGUAAAGGGAGUUAUCGAUGUCGGUGUGAAUAAGAACGAUGAAGGGAAAGUUGAGAAAACUGCUUAUCCACAUGUAGCUGUGGAUGCAGCUAGGAAAAUCAUUAAAGGAGAAGCUGAUAGAGGGUUGUUGGUUUGUGGUACUGGAAUGGGAGUAGCGAUAUCCGCCAAUAAAGUCCCCGGAAUCAGAGCAUCCGUAGCACAUGAUUCUUUCUCAGUAGAAAGAUUAGUCAAAUCGAAUAAUGCUCAAAUAUUAUGUUUGGGUCAAAGAGUCAUAGGUAUAGAAGUCGCUAAGAAAUUAGUUGGGGAAUGGUUAGGUCAUACUUUUGAUCCUGAAAGCGCAAGUAAUGAAAAGGUUAAAAACAUUCAUGAUUAUGAUGGUUAUGAAUAUGAAGCUGUUCCAGGAGGAUGUAGUUAG